ACACCCUACAGGCCAUUCAUUUAAUAAGCAGUGGGAACCAAACCCAACCAGAAAUUCUUCCCUGAUAGGAUCCCUAGAAUAGUUCUUAAAUAGCUCCUCAGGAGUCCUGACCUCUGCCCCCAGGUUCUACCUUUGAGUAUCUUCCGAGAUCUGGAGAGGCUAGAAAUGGGUUUCAUUUCUGAAGGAGCAAGUCAGGUGGGCUGCGUAGACGAGGUCCACACUCGCUGUUUACAGCCUCUCUCCCGGACACCCGCGACCUGGGCGUCACCAAAGCAGGCUGUUUGCUUCACACAUUCUGAACGUUCCUCUAGACGUAAAAUGCCCUCCAACGUUUCCGCUCUGCUUCUGCUGAACUGUCCUCCCAGAUUUCCUUCUCCGUCGGCAGCCAGCUCCUCCCCCGUGCACCACCCCGACCUGGCCUGGCCGCAGUCCACGGCCUUCCUUUACCCUCUUUCCUUCUCGCCGCGUUUCUUUCCUUUUUCUCCCCUCUCUCCGCUGUCUUCAUCUUCUCCGGCCUUCCUCCUCCUUGGUCCUGGCCUCCUACGAAGCCACACCCGUACGGACAAGCGCCGGAGAGUUUGAUAAUUUACUUCAGGUCAACAAAAGGGAAAGAAAAAAAAAAAAAAAAAAGUGAGCUCCAGCGACGCCGGAGCAGAAGCUCAACCCGUGCAGCUGAGAAGGUCCCGCCCGCCUGCCUGGGCCCCACCUGCCAAGACGCCCGGCGCCCGGCCGGGACCCACCGCGGCCCGCGGGACACGCGCGGAGGGCUGAGCCCCGGCGGCCGCAGGUUCAUGAGUGGCGUUUUGGACAGGAUGCUUGGUGCCGGGAACCCAGAGCCAGUUUGUUGAAUUACUGUCCCAGCCCCUCGAGUCUCGGGGAAGGUCUGCGGGUGCCUCCCAGGGCCAGCCCAGGUGAAGGCAGCCCUGGAAGCCAUUUUCAAGAACUUUUGCCACAGGUGUAAAAGACUCCAGCCUUGCAAAGAUGCUGAAACAGAUACUGUCGGAGAUGUACAUAGAUCCUGAUCUGCUGGCAGAGCUCAGCGAAGAACAGAAACAGAUCCUGUUCUUCAAGAUGAGGGAGGAGCAGGUCCGCCGAUGGAAAGAAAGAGAAGCAGCAAUGGAAAAACAGGAGUCCUUGCCAGUGAAACCCAGACCAAAGAAAGACAACGGCAAAUCGGUUCAUUGGAAGCUGGGAGCCGACGAGGAAGUCUGGGUGUGGGUGAUGGGUGAGCACCACCUCGAUAAACCCUACAACGCGCUCUGUGAUGAGAUCCUCGCCCAAGGGGCACGGCUGAAGCCGGAGCAGGAGGUGCGGGAGCUCAGAAAAACUCAGUCCAGAGAAUUCACCAGCAGCUUGAAACCAAAGUCACACUCCUCCGAUGUGCGGGCACCAGGUGACCGGGAGCCUCGGAGCGUAUGUGAGAAGGCGGCAGAAGAGGGGGGACACGGGCGCGGCCGUGGGCCAGCUUCACCCCUCGAAGAGGAGAAAACACCCUUGCCCUCCAGUUCCUCAAGAAAUGUUCACCAGAUGUUGGCAGAUUCUAUCAGUCGUAUGAAGGAAUAUGGAUUUCACCAGAAGAAAGAAUCUGUGAAGAAAACACAAGAUGAAGAAGUAAAACAAAUCGAUGAAGAGAGAACCAAGCAGAUUUAUAAGAGCUGGAAAGAAGAUUCGGAGUGGCAGGCCUCUUUGCGAAGAUCCAAGGCAGCUGAUGAGAGGAGGCGCUCCCUGGCCAAACAAGCGCGGGAGGACUACAAGAGGCUGUCCCAGAGGGGGAGAGGCGGCGAGGGGCCACAGAGCCCCCCUGGUGGGCCCCAGAAACCCCGGAGGCCCCCCCUUCCACCCAAGCCUCAGUUCCUGAGCCCUGCGGGACACCCCUGCAGACCUCUCAGAAACCAGGCAGCGGCGAGGCCGGCGUCCCGCUCGGCCCAGGGGGACAUCGUGCGCUGGUUCCGGGAGGAGCAGCUCCCGCUGCGGGCCGGCUACCUGGGCACCUCGGACAGCGUCGCCCCGUGGUUCCACGGAAUUCUCACACUACAGAGAGCGAAUGAGCUUCUGAGCACGUGCGUGCCAGGCAGCUUUCUGAUCCGGGUCAGCGAGAGGAUCAAGGGCUACGUCCUGUCCUACCUUUCCAAGGACGGCUGCAAACACUUCCUCAUAGACGCCUCCACGGACUCGUACAGCUUCCUGGGUGCGGACCAGCUGCAGCAUGCCAGCCUGGCUGAGCUGGUGGAGUACCACAAGGAGGAGCCCAUCACCUCCCUGGGGAAGGAGCUCCUUCUGUACCCCUGCGGUCAGCAGGAACAGCCGCCCGACUACCAGGAGCUGUUUGAGUGA